GCUCGGGCCCUUCAUCAGGGAGGAUGUACAGCCAGGUGGAGCAUCCUGCUGGAGGCUACAAGAAGCUCUUUGAGACAGUGGAGGAGCUGUCCUCUCCAGUGACUGCCCACGUCACAGGCAGGAUUCCCACCUGGCUGCGAGGAAGCCUCCUGAGAUGUGGUCCUGGCUUGUUUGAGGUGGGCUCAGAGCCCUUCUACCACCUCUUUGAUGGCCAGGCACUGCUCCACAAGUUCGACUUCAAGGAGGGGCACGUCACCUACCACCGAAGGUUUGUCCGGACUGACGCCUACGUGCGAGCCAUGACGGAGAAGAGGAUCGUGAUUACGGAGUUUGGCACCUACGCCUACCCAGACCCCUGCAAGAACAUCUUCUCCAGGUUUUUCUCCUACUUCAAAGGUGUGGAGGUGACGGAUAACGCCCUGGUGAAUGUCUACCCUGUGGGUGAGGAUUACUACGCCUGUACUGAGACCAACUUCAUCACCAGGAUCAACCCAGACACCCUGGAGACCAUCAAGCAGGUGGAUCUCUGUAAAUACGUGUCUGUCAAUGGGGCAACAGCUCAUCCCCACAUUGAGAAUGAUGGCACUGUUUACAACAUUGGCAAUUGCUUUGGGAAAAACUUUGCCCUGGCCUACAACAUCAUCCGGAUUCCUCCUCUGCAGGCAGACAAGGAAGACCCCAUGAACAAGUCCGAGGUGGUGGUGCAGUUCCCCUGCAGUGACAGGUUUAAGCCCUCCUAUGUCCACAGCUUUGGGCUGACCCCAAACUACAUUGUGUUUGUGGAGACACCAGUGAAAAUCAACCUCCUCAAGUUCCUCUCCUCCUGGAGCCUGUGGGGAGCCAACUACAUGGACUGCUUUGAGUCCAACGAGACCAUGGGGGUGUGGCUUCACGUGGCAGAGAAGAAGAAAGGCAGGCUCCUCAACCUCAAGUUCCGCACCUCGGCCUUCAACCUCUUCCACCACAUCAACACCUACGAGGACAACGGGUUCCUGAUCGUGGACCUGUGCACCUGGAAGGGGUUUGAGUUUGUCUACAACUACCUGUACCUGGCCAACCUCCGGGCCAACUGGGACGAGGUGAAGCGGCAGGCGGAGAAGGCGCCGCAGCCCGAGGCCCGCAGAUACGUCCUGCCCCUGAGCAUCGACAAGGCUGACACAGGGAAGAACCUGGUCACCCUGCCCUACACGACAGCCACAGCGACCCUGCGCAGUGAUGAGACCAUCUGGCUGGAGCCAGAGGUGAUUUUCUCAGGGCCGCGUCAUGCCUUUGAAUUCCCCCAGAUCAACUACAGGAAGUACGGAGGGAAGCCGUACACGUACACCUACGGGCUGGGGCUGAACCACUUUGUCCCAGACAGGCUUUGCAAGCUGAACGUGAAAACCAAGGAGACCUGGGUGUGGCAGGAGCCGGAUGCGUACCCGUCGGAGCCGAUCUUUGUUUCCCACCCGGAUGCGCUGGAGGAAGAUGAUGGGGUGGUGCUGAGCAUCGUGAUCAGCCCGGGGGCAGGGCCCAAGCCAGCCUACCUCCUCAUCCUCAGCGCCAAAGACAUGAGCGAGGUGGCCAGGGCCGAGGUGGAGGUGAACAUUCCCGUGACAUUCCAUGGGCUCUUCAAGAGAGCGUGAGCACAAACAGCAACACCUGGCCCGGACUUCUUCCAGCUCCAAAAGGUGCAGUCUCCGUUUACAGGUGACCCAAACUCCUUCCACAGCCCUUUGCAUUUGGGGGGCUGCUUAACUCAGAUCAAGCAGUUCAGUCUUGUCAAUGAUUCUUCAAAAUGGUUAAUCAGGUAUUUUUUAAAUGCAGCCUUCGGUAUCAUUUCCAGUUAAACCGCAAGUUGGGGGUGGUGGAGAGGUUCUGUUUAUGCAAAAUUAAACUUUGUAGCUGCAGCAGAGUGAAAGAAGCUGAAAGAGCAGAAAGUAACCUCAACACUUUUACAUGUGGUAACAUUGUGUACAACUGGCUGUGCUCUGUUACAUGGUUGAGAAUUUUUAGCCUAUACUGAGGGAUUUUGGAUUUAAUCAUCAUCCUGGUCAUUGCUGCAGUAUCCUCAGAGGAAUCACAGAGGAGUUUUCCACAGCUGCUUUGGGAAUCCCAAGAGGGUGGCAGGCAGAGUUUUGUUCUUCACCCAAGCUGCAAACUGCACACCUUCCCUUGUGUGUUUGCUCCUUUCCCUUUCUUUUGUCCAAGUGCAGUUCCUUGAUUUCUGGAUUUCACAUUAAAACAUGGACAUGAAAAAAAAUCAAGCAAUUGUUACCCCUUGGGCUGACUUUCUUCCUUAGAGUGCUACAGAUGUUCAGCUUAAUCCUUCCUUCUCCCAAAAUAAACUUUCAGCUGAUGUUAAAAGAGGUUAUUGUUGAGAAUAAAAACUUCCUGCCAGCAGAUUUAAAA